AUGGAGGCGCCGCAGCUGCACGCAUCGCCGCUAGAGGAGAACGCCGCCAGCGCCGGCAAAGCUCUGCGGCAGAUGCGGGCGCUACUCGCAGAGCGUCCCGACGUGGAACUCAGCUGCCUGGAGGACUGGUAUCUGCUGCGCUUCCUGCGGUGCAAGCUGUACGACCCCAUACAGGCUCUCCGUCUGAAUUGCUUUCCUAUACGAAUAAAUGGAGUCCAUGUUGUAAAUGAACCAGCAAUUUUUGGACUGGUAUUUUCACUAUUCAAGAGCUUCCUUAAUGAACGUAUGCAGAAAAGGCUGUUCUUACAUGGACAUGACAUGGAAUCACUACAUAGCCACAUAACUCCUGACUGGUUGCCCCCUGACCUAGGAGGCUCUGGAAAAGAAACAGAUCUAAAUGAGUGGCUUUCCUAUGUUCUCAGUCAACCUGUGGUAUUAGGGCUGAAGAAAGUUGGUUACAUUUUUGAAGAUGAUCUGAUUAUUUAGAAGAAGACAGAUAUCUUGAAAAAAGCAUCACUGUCAUAGUUACAUGCAUUUUCUGUAUUGAGUAAAAUAUUUUUGUACAGUAAAAGCAAGUGGACUGGUUUUAUCAUGUUUGUACAAGAGAGCUAAAGCUUUGUGUAUAAUAUAGUUUUGUAUCUAGAAUAGUGUAUUUUCUCACAAUGCCUACAUUGGAAAAAAAUACUGUAAUGGCAUUUUUAUACACAUGCAAACUGUAGUGUUGUUGCUCAUUUUAUAUGUCAACUGCUAUCAUUUUUAUCCUCCUACUUCAGUAAUUAGGAAGUUGUGAACUUAUAUAGAAGCACCCAAUAUUCUGUUUGUUGUGACCUGUAUGUACUCAAGUUCUAGGUACAUUACAGCUGUUUGGCAAUAAAAUACUGUGGAGAUCCACCUUAAAGAGUCAAGGGUGGGUAUGUAUUUAACACCACCAUAAAAUUGUUAUUUUACAAAACACUUUUUGGUGAGUGAGGUCACUAAAUUAUGAUAAUUAUGUUACACUAUAGAGAGAAGUCAUUUAGACUCCUGGAGGUGAAAAGCAUUUCAGAAAUCACAUUCUGCCAUGUAAUCUUACCCUCACAUACAUCACUAUUAAAAUUCUCUGUCUUUGUACAAAUUUGGAAAGCUUCAAGAGGUGUAAGAUAUACAAAAGAAAAACAUUUUACUUAUCUUCACUAUUUUGUGGUUGUUGUUGUUGGCUCCAGAUCUUGUCUAGGGGUACAUACUUGAGGCUGUAAUUUUAUAACGUUACGGGUUCUUGUUGAACUGAAUAACUGAUGAAGAUUUGCCUGUAAUUAUGAAUAUCUUUUUAUUUUAUCCCAUUCUUCUAAAUCACACUGACUUUACAAUUUUCACUUCUAUCUCACCACAAAUUACAUUGUUGUUGACAAACUUAGAAAAACGUCUACUUCCAUCUGAAUGAUGCCCACUACUACCUACAUCCUAAUGGACUCACAAAAUUCCAAAGAGUUUACAAAGCAAGAGAGUUUACAGACUUUCUUUACAAAAAAGAAUCCCAAGCAAGA